AUGAAUAGGCCAGGACCAGGCCCGCAGCCACUUAGAGGCAUGCCCGGAUUUCCCUCGCAACAGCAGGCACAAGCUCGAAAUGCGUCUAUGGCAACCAGUCGACUACCCAACGGCAAAAUAGCGUCGAAUGCGAACUGGAACUUUGGUCUUCCUAUGGGUGCAGCCCCAGGCCUGCAAAAUCACCAGCAGCGAAAUAUCGGAUCAAUGGGGACGUUUGCACAGAGCCUCGGUGGCUCGCAACCAGCGACACCUUUAGAUCUUUCUGAAUUCCCUUCAUUAUCAGGCGUACCGCAACAAAACCAGGCUCAGUCCUCUGCCCAAGCAGUAUGGGCAAACGCAGGACAACGGGCGACACAGCAAACACCGGUGCAAAGACAACAACCUCCCUCGAGUCAGCCUCCGUCGCGAACCUCUCAAACCCAAACACACUUCACCCAGCAACAACCUCCCCAAGACGACGUAUUUCCAUCCGGCGCUCAAUUUGCAAACCGAUUAGAUGAUUUCAGGAAUGGUGGUCAGGGCAUCAGUGGCCAGCUCGGAGGUGGUGGACAACCUCAAACAGGAAACAUUGAAGAGUUCCCGCCGUUAGGCAGAAACUCCGCCGACAUUCCCCCGGGUGGAAUCUCUCGUAUGAACGACAUUGGGCAGGAGCGGAGGGGCUCUGUAUUAACAAGUACAGGAUUUGGAAGCUACGGCCCUGGCCUGGCUUUCUCGAAUCAAACACAGUCUGCACAAGCUCGCAACUUUAUGAACUCAGCAUUGAAUGGACAGGAGACCAAUCGUGUAAUGUCACCGGGAACAUCAGUUUCAGCAGCUCCAGGAAUGUCUACUUCGAGAUCUCCGCAAGGGCCAAAUGGUGUAUCAGCUCAGGACAAAGAAGAUGGUCUCCGUUCUGAGAACUUUCCAGAGCAUGAAAGCAGUCAAUUGCAACAACGUCAAUCACAAUCUGGUGGCGUGUCAGCGGAUAGCCAGGACGCAACGAGUUCAGGCCAAAGCACCGAUCAGCCGCCCCUUUCUCAAAUGAGUGAACUAGACAAGUUUGGACUUGCAGGGCUACUUAGAAUGAUACAUAGCGAGAGCCCAGAUGUGGCAAGCCUCGCUGUUGGACAGGACCUCAUGACUCUGGGAUUGGAUCUCAACCAGCCUGAACCUCUGCAUCAUUCUUUUGCGUCACCGUUCGUUGCUUCUAUGUCUGCAGUCCCUCUUGAACAAGACUUUGCAAUCCCCAGCUGCUACAAUGUCGCAAAUGUACAACCCUUACAGUCACGGAUACCCAGCUUCAGUGACGAAACCCUCUUUUACAUCUUCUACAGCAUGCCACGCGAUGUUCUGCAAGAGCUUGUCGCCGAAGAAUUGAUGGGCCGCAAAUGGCGGUAUCACAAGGUUGAGCGCUGCUGGCUUACCAGAGAUGAGAAUUACCCCGGCCCCGUUGACGUCGAACGCGGUGUGAGUGAACGCGGUGUGUAUCUAUGGUGGGAUCCAGCAUCUUGGAAAAAGAUUCGCCGCGAAUUCAUACUCCGUUACGAAGAUCUGGAUAACAGACUCGAUCCUGGCCGGGGUAUCCAAAGGCCUGGAUUCCCUCCUCACGCUUCGUAG